AUGGAGCACACAUUGGACCAUGGUGAACCUCGGCACAACGUAUUUGCUGGCUUCGAUAAACUGGACGACCAGAGUUCAGUAACCGUUGACACCAACGAAAAUGGCACGCAGACAAUACUCAGUGGCAAGCACAGAGUGAAAUCUCUAGCAGAACAGAAACGCGAAAGCAGUGUUGGCAUCAAAACUAUAACCAGUACACAAAAACCGAAGAAACGGAAAGUUAAAUUAAUGGACUGGAAGAGGUUUCACAGACUCAAAGAUAUCUAUGACUUCAUAGAUGAACUAGAGAGAGACUAUCCUGCUAUAUGCACUGUCAGUGUUAUUGGUCAGUCCGUUGAAGGCAGAGAUAUAAAGAUGUUAAAGAUCUCAAACAGCGACGCGACCAACGCGGCGGUGUGGCUAGACGCAUCCAUCCACCCGCGCGAGUGGAUCAGCACCGCGGUCGUCACCUACAUCGCCGACGUUCUCGUCAAGAACUUCAAGAAGCUCUCCAAUUCGCUUACCAAUAAGGACUGGCACAUUGUCCCAGUGCUGAACCCUGACGGCUACGAGUACACGCACACGUGCAACAGAAUGUGGAGAAAGAACCGCGCGCGACACGACGGGGAGUGUGUGGGAGUUGACCUUAAUAGAAACUUCAGCCUAGCAUGGGGGAACAAUGGCGAAGAGGGGUCGUCGGAGGAGCCUAGUAAUGUAUUCUAUCGGGGGCCCGCGCCAUUCUCCGAGCCUGAAACUAUAGCUGUCAGGGACACAAUAUUGAACUCGAAUACGCCGUUCAAGGUGUUCCUGUCGUUCCAUAGUUACUUCGAGCUGAUCAUCUUCCCGUGGGGCUACAAGACGGACCCGUGCCCACACUACUUGCGACUGCUGGAGGGAGCCAUGGUCAUGUCGAGGGCAAUCUACGAGAAGACGGGCUUCAUCUACAAGGUGGGGAACACGAAAGACAUGACAUAUUUCGCAUGCGGCACCAGCAUUGACUGGAGCUAUGGUAUUGCCAAGAUCCCUUACUCCUACAUGGUCGAGCUCAGGAGUAAGAAGCACAAGUUCAAACUUCCAAGAGAACAGAUCAUGGAAACUUGCAUAGAAAUUUGGAGUGCUGUCAAAAGUCUCAUGGAUUAUAUCGACCAAAGUAAAGAUUGA